UUUUAUGUAUUCUUUUGGUUUUUUAAUGCCACGAGUCCCACCUCAUUUCCAUUUUCUUUACAGCACCUAGCCCAGAUACCUGGCUAGCUACCUCCCCAUGGACGGAACAAGUGAGGCGACAUGGCCUGAAAUCCUGGGCAGCAGAAACUGGGAUAAUCUCCUUGACCCUCUCGACCUCAGCCUCCGCAAACUCAUUCUCCGAUGUGGCGACUUCUGCCAGGCCACAUAUGAUGCCUUCAACAACGACCAGAACUCCAGGUAUUGCGGCACUAGCCGGUACGGCAAGCGCAACUUCUUUCAUAAAGUGAUGCUUGACAACCCCGAAAACUAUCAAGUCUCCUCUUUCCUCUACGCCACUGCUCGUGUCAGCCUCCCUGAAGCCUUCCUUCUCCACUCUCUAUCUCGUGAUUCCUGGGACCGUGAAACCAACUGGAUUGGUUACAUCGCUGUCACCUCUGAUGAACAGACGAAAACUCUUGGCCGCCGUGAAAUCUACAUAGCCUUCCGCGGAACCACCAGAAAUUACGAAUGGGUUGACAUCUUAGGCGCAAAGCUCAAGUCUGCUAAACCAUUGUUAAGGGGUGCUACAAGCACUACUCAUGAUCAAGAAAGCAGCAGCAGCAGUGACGAUGACGAUGACAAAGUUCCUAAAGUGAUGCUAGGCUGGCUUACGAUGUAUAUUUCUGACGACCCAAAUUCGCCUUUCACCAAAUCAAGUGCGAGGGCGCAGCUUUUGGCCCAUAUUAAAGAGCUAAGGGAGCGAUACAAGGAUGACGACCUGAGCAUUAUCUUUACUGGUCACAGCCUUGGUGCUAGUUUAUCAAUUUUGAGUGCUUUUGAUCUUGUGGAAAAUGGAAUUACAGAUAUCCCAGUAUCAGCUUUUGUCUUUGGCAGCCCACAAGUUGGAAACAAGGAAUUCAACGAGAGGUUUAACAAGUAUCCAAAUCUGAAGGUUCUGCAUAUAAAAAAUAAGAUCGAUGUUAUACCGCACUAUCCAGGGCGUUUGAUGGGGUAUGUUUAUACUGGAAUUGAGUUUGAAAUUGAUACGAGGAAAUCUCCAAGCUUGAAGGACUCGAAGAAUCCGAGUGAUUGGCAUAAUUUGCAGGCCAUGUUGCAUAUAGUGGCAGGGUGGAACGGCGAGGAACAAGAGUUUGAGCUGAAAGUGAAGAGGAGCUUGGCAUUGGUGAAUAAGUCAUCUGAGUUCUUGAAAGACGAGUGCCUGGUCCCUGGGAUUUGGUGGGUAGAGAAGAACAAAGGGAUGGUCAGAAACGAAGAGGGUGAAUGGGUGUUGGCUCCGCCAGAUGAGGAGGACCUACCUGUCCCCGAAUGUUGACUUUUGUCCUUUUUCCUCUCUCUUUCUUUCCCCCCAUGGAAUUUUCUCCCUGCUGUUCUCUUUCUUUCUUUGUAUUUUUUAUCGAUUUAUGUUCAAAUUUCGGUGCUCUGUCUCCUACUCUCCUUGGCGUCACGUCUUAUUUUUAUGCGAUAUUUGCUGUUUUUACAUUUA